AUGUCGUCGCUCCUUUUAGAACUACCAGACGACUCGCUGCGGAGUGUGGCGUCCUUUUUGUGUGCUCCAGACUUGUUGGCCUUUUUGUCAUCUCAUCCUCAUUUCUACCAACUCUCCAAAUCCGAGUCCUUUUGGCGGUCGCUCAAUAGCACUAACUCUCAUGGUUGUGACAACAACAAUACUAGUACUGACAAUAACGAAGAAUCAUGUCGUCAUGCCAAGCGUGUCUAUUUGACCAAAGCCUAUGCGGCAGCCAUGCCCGUGAUUCAAUGGAAACCCUGUCGAUCUUCGCGACUGAGUCCAACGGGACGUGAAGGACACUUGGCAUGUACCAUGGGGAAACGCAUCAUCAUCACGGGAGGAUUCACCGACGACGAACGAAUCUACAUUCUCGAUACUAGUACUGGCACAGACACAGACAAUCCCAACGAUUGGAUCCAAGUCAUGCCGACACAAGCCAAGUGUUUUCGACACCCUGAUCUUCCUGUUCCUCCUCCGCAACGAGCCCAUAUUCGACAGUUUGGAGCCAUGGCGCCUCCCGAAGGAGAAGCACCCUUGGCAUCCGUCUAUGGCGCAUCACUCACACCUCUGGACGAACAUCGGGCCAUUCAAUUUGGAGGAUUCAGAGGAGGAGGAUACACUGGAGAGUGUAACCAAAUUGGAUUAUUGACCUUGUCAGCCCAAAACAAUAAUAGUGAACAGCAGCAACAAGUGACGGCUACGUGGCAAAUCAUUCACCCAAAAAACUACGGCAUUGCACGAGCCUAUCAUUCUGCCACUCUCAUUGCAGGACGCUAUCUGCUCGUUAUUGGAGGAAUGACCGACGCGGGAUGCAUUCGCAGUGAAUCCAUUCUCGAUACGCACACAUGGACUUGGUUCAAUCACGUCUCGCAAGAAAUGGUACUCCCUAAACCAACCGGAAGACAUGGACACUCGGCUGUUCUCGAUGAAAAACGGGAUCGAAUUGUAUUGUUUGGAGGGGGCAGUGGCAACGACUUGCUGCGCAGUGGAAGAGACAAUGCCGAAGUGUGGCAGCUACGAAUGGGACCGCAGUGGAGAAACGCCGCCAACAGUCUGCAAGAGUUGCAAGAUUCGUUGCCGUGGGAAUGGGCGCCCAUCAAAAUGAACACUCCUGACGAAGAAGAAGACGACGAAAGCAAUGAUGAGGAUGGACGACAUUAUCAAGGAAUGGUCGACAGUUUGGAGGAAGAUGAUACAGACUUUCAUUCGGCAAACGAAAGUGACGACGAUCUUCCUCCCUUGGAAGAGGCAUAUGAAUUUGGGAACACGGGAGGUGGACACCAAAACAACGACAACAUCAACAAUACUAAUAGUGUCCCAAGACGUGCCAACCGAGCUCCACGAUGCAAUCCUCUGUCCGAUGUCGAGAAACUGUCUCUUGGACGCUGCCACCUUGGCUUCAAAGUUGGACCAGACACUGUCAUUCUGGCAUUUGGAUCAGGGAGGCCAUCCACCAAUGGAGUUCUUGGAUUUUGUCUCGCAACCAACUCAUUCAUUCGUCCGCAACUAGCAAAUCACAGAAGGCUGAUGCCCUGUCCGCGGUUCACUUGUGCUGGCGCUAUGUUUGGAGAGAAUAACUCGUACAUGUUGGUGCAUGGAGGGUAUAGCACACAGGAAGGAAUGGCUAUCGGAAACAUGUGCGUCCUCGAUUUGGCUCCAGCGCUCCAACGUCGGUUCACUGCUCUUCCAGAUAAUCCAGACUUUGCCACCUAUCCUCCAGUGACACAGGAUGAUAUAAACCGACAUUCCAUGUUUGGCGGGCAUCAUUUUGGAAUGGGUGGUCAUGGUAUGGGUAUUGGUGGCAUGGAGGACUUGCUCCAGAAUCUAUUUGUCGAAUUUGCGGCUGGCGCAGGAGGUCGAGGUCGGCCAGCUCCAGAUGGACCCGUGCGGCUUGGAGGUGGUCGCAACCUCGGGGAGUUGUUGGGGAUCCUGGCUGGAAGAGGUAGGCCUGCGGACGUUGAUAACGAUGAUCAAGAAGAGGAUGACGAAGACGACGAGGACGCUCCCGACCAAGCGAUGCUGUUCAACUUUGUCAUGCAAGAAGCAGCGUUCGCAGCUGAAGAGGAAGAGGACGACGAUGACUCGGGUUACGAUUCCGCCAACAUUUCAGAAGUGUCGUGA